AUGUAUAUAUAUAUAUAUAUAUAUAUCGACAUGGUGGAUGCCCGUCUUCCCGCCCAAAAUCUACUCGACGGUGUCUCUCUGCAACUAUGGAUGAGUGCUCAGGCACCGGAAAGGACUUGGCCGGAUACCUAAUUCGCCACCACUCCGAUCAGCUCCGCUCCAUCAUCCUCUCUCCAGAUCCUCCCCUUCAUUACCCUCUCUACGUCGAUUUUGCAGAGUUGAUGGAUGAGCACCCACCGGUUGCACAUCUUCUCUUCUCCCAACCCACCCACUACUUGCCCCUAUUUGACCAAGCAGCUCUCUGGGCUCAGAAAAUCAUAUAUCCGGAUCUCAAAGGCUGGGACAAUGCGAGCUUGAAGGAGUUCGUGCACGUCCGGAUUGAUGUCAGCGGUUCUCCUCUUGAGUCCCCAGAAACUUUUCCCAGUAUUGGGCGGAUAAGAGUGAAGCAUCGUGGGAUUCUUCUCACUCUCAAGGGAACUGUUAUUAGGUCUGGAGCAGUUAAGAUGAUUGAAGGGGAGAGGGAAUUUAUAUGCCGAAAAUGCAAGAUCAGGUUCAAAGUUUAUCCUGAGCUGGAAACUAGAAAUACCUUACCACAGCCAUUAUCUUGCCCUUCCCAGGGUUCCAAAAUUUGUGAAGGCACCAGUUUCCAGUUUGUAGAGGGCAGUACAGUAUGCCACGAUUACCAGGAAAUAAAAAUCCAAGAAAGUACACAAGUACUAGGUGUUGGGGCAAUUCCUCGUUCAAUCCCUAUCAUUCUAAUGGAUGAUCUUGUUGACAUUGUCAAGGCUGGAGAUGACAUAAUAGUUACUGGGGUUUUGAGUGCAAAGUGGUCCUCAGUGUUGAAGGAUGUGCGAUGUGACCUUGAUCCUGUAUUAAUAGCUAAUCAUGUGAGGAGAACUAAUGAGCUGAAGUCAGACAUUGACAUUCCUGAUGAUGUUGUUAUGACAAUCAAGCAAUUCUGGUUGAAGUUCAAAGAUGCACCUUUAAAAGGGAGAAAUGCUGUUCUGCGUGGUAUAUGCCCACAAAUUUUUGGACUCUUCACAGUAAAGCUUGCAGUUGCAUUAACACUUAUUGGUGGGGUCCAACAUGUUGAUGCUUCUGGGACAAAAAUUCGAGGAGAGUCUCAUUUGCUUCUGGUUGGUGAUCCAGGUACUGGGAAAUCUCAGUUCUUGAAGUUUGCUGCUAAAUUGAGCAACAGGUCAGUCAUUACUACUGGUCUGGGAAGCACUAGUGCUGGAUUGACGGUUACGGCAGUCAAGGAUGGAGGGGAGUGGAUGUUGGAAGCAGGGGCCCUUGUAUUAGCAGAUGGUGGUCUUUGUUGCAUAGACGAAUUUGACAGCAUGAGGGAACAUGACAGGGCAACAAUACAUGAAGCAAUGGAGCAGCAGACUAUAAGUAUUGCCAAGGCUGGUCUUGUAACUACUCUCGGUACUAGGACAAUCGUCUUUGGUGCAACCAAUCCCAAGGGACAUUAUGAUCCCAGUCAAACUCUAUCUGUCAAUACGGCACUUUCUGGUCCAUUGUUGAGCAGAUUUGAUAUAGUACUAGUCCUACUGGAUACAAAGAACCCAGAAUGGGAUGCAGUGGUUUCUUCUCAUAUACUUGGUCAGGCUGAUCCGGAGAGAGGCAAGCAGGAUGAUGAUUUUGAUAAUAUCUGGCCUCUUUCAAUGCUUAGAAGGUAUAUUCAUUUUGUUAAGGGAUACUUCAAGCCAGUCCUCACCAAGGAGGCUGAAAGGGUCAUUUCAAGCUAUUACCAAAUGCAGCGAAGAAUAGCGGUGCAAAAUGCAGCAAGGACAACUGUGCGCAUGCUGGAAAGUCUAAUAAGACUUGCUCAAGCACAUGCAAGACUGAUGUUCAGAAAUGAGGUCACACGAUUAGACGCCAUAACUGCCAUUUUGUGCAUUGAAUCGUCCAUGACUACUUCAGCAAUAGUGGACAGCGUUGGGAAUGCACUGCACUCCAAUUUCACAGACAACCCCGAUGGAGAAUAUGCUAAGCAGGAGAGGUUGAUCCUUAAAAGGCUGAGCUCUAUUGAUGAAGUAACUGAUCCGAAUGAUGUGGCAGCCUCAAUAACUUGAUGAGAUAAAUGGAAAGCAAAGGGAUCGUGGUGGGUACAAGAGUUACUUUCAAGCUGCUAAUCAAGAGCUCGGGGAUUUAUCACAAAAUGGUUGCACAAAAACCUAUUGCAAAGUUUUGAUAUGGUGCUUCAAAAGGGUAAUAGUAACUUUGAGGACUUUUGUGCUAGCAGUAACAGAUUUGUUGUAAUGCUGUCCAUGAAGUUUAUGACGAUCUCUUGUUAGAUUGAUCUACGUUACAUUUUGAGUGGUCAACCUCGAGUAAUUUAAAUGAAUUGGUGAUUCAGCAUA